ACAUGCACUCACAUUUUUAUUAUCGACAACAUAAAUAAACAAAUGAGUUGUAAGUGGCGCUCACAUGCACACGUCACUUCCGCUCCGUCGUCAUCACCGAGCGACGUCCUCUCAGGCCACAAGUGCGUGAAGCAACCUCGCUGGAAAGAUAAUGGCACCAUCACCCACGAAGCGGAAAGAAGAGGAAAAGACAAAAGAUAGAGGCAAAGACAAGACUGGUACCAAGGAAGGAGACAAGGAGAGAGGACGGGAUAAGGCAAGGAAACGCCGCAGUGCUUCUACUGGCAGCAGCAGCAGCAGGUCCAGAUCUAGCUCUACUUCAAGCAGCAGCUCUGGUUCCAGCUCAGGCUCCUCAAGCGGUUCCAGCUCAUCUGGUUCGAGCCGCUCUGGUUCUUCGAGCUCUCGUUCCUCCUCCUCCUCUAGCUCCUCAGGCUCCCCCAGCCCCAGCCGCCGGCGCCAUGACAACCGCAGACGCUCCCGCUCAGCAUCUAAAACACAGAAGAGGGGAGAUGAUAAGGAGCGAAGGAAAAGAAGCCCGAGCCCCAAACCAACUAAAGUUCAUUUAGGACGACUGACCAGAAAUGUCACCAAGGACCACAUCCAGGAGAUCUUUUCCACUUAUGGCAAAAUCAAAAUGGUUGAAAUGCCAAUGGACAGACUACACCCACACCUGUCCAGAGGCUCUGCUUACGUGGAGUUUGAGACCCCUGAAGAGGCCCAGAAGGCCCUCAAAUAUAUGGAUGGAGGCCAGAUUGACGGUCAGGAAAUCACUGCAUCUGCUGUGCUGACUCAGCGAGUCCGUCCUCCGCCUCGUAGACCUUCUCCUCCUCGCAGAAUGCCGCCACCGCCGCCUAUGUGGCGUCGUACCCCGCCACGUAUGAGAAGAAGGUACAUUGAUGAGUCCCGCUCCCCGAGGAGGCGGUCCCCCGCACGCCGCCGCUCUCGUUCCAGAUCUCCUGGUCGCAGGCGUCACCGCUCCCGUUCCAGCUCCAACUCCUCCAGAUAGACGAGUUCCCUGACCCCUGACUCCUGACGCCAAGUGAUCUAUUAGAUUCUCGCUGAAACAGCUGGAGUUCCCGUUCUCCCGACCUCGUGGACUGGAAAUAAAAAAUCUACGUUGUAGCCAACACAAACACCUGCCUGCAUGUAGAAAGUCGACGUGUUUUUUCUCUUUGUGCAAAUGUGAGUUUCUUUUCAUAUUUUGUGUUGAGUUGAUCCUGAAAUUUAGGUUCUUUGUUUGUGUUUUAUCAGGCUGAGUGUGGACUCCACGGAGAUCUACAAAUGUUUAUUUUAAAGUGUGACUUCUUUUUACCGCCUAUUGAAUUUUUAGACAUUUUGAAAAAUAAAAACAUUGAAACUCA